CUGUUUAGUGUCUCCCAAAUAAAAUGCCAUUGUAACGAUGUAACAAUCCAUUAAAUUUGACAAAUACAAUGAAUCCAUAUUUCAUUGUUUAAUUUUUAAAAUAAAAUAAGACCAGUGUGACAAGGCUUAGUCAUGGGGAAAGAGUGCUGACAUGUAUAAAAUGUAAUGUAUAAAAACAAACACAAUGUAAAGGUAAACUGUCCAUAACUCAAAUAUAACUCCCUUCAAGCAAAUCAUCUCUAUAAUCAUCUAUACUAUGCCCUUGUGCCCCCGCGGGUCUUUCAAAAUGCAACUUUUACUCUGUCAUCUUUGACAAACACAGCACUUGAAGCACAAACGCUAAUAAAUGACUCAUAGGUAAUAAUAAUAACACGAAUAAAUUCCCUUGUGAUCCUUUACUGCCAUCUCAUUGAGCGCUGUGAGUGUGUGCUCGCUCACUUCCGCCUUUGUCACAUUGACACAAGCCCCCGUAAAGCUGUCCUCGGCUAUGCCUGCAGGUAACUAGCAGCUCGUAACCAAAAUUUUAGCUGGCAGUUCAAAAAAGCAGCCGAGAGACGGCUCACAUCUAAUAAACACUUGUUGGUUGGGACACUCGCAUGCCAAGGUACCACUGUAUAAAUGACAAUAAAUAAAUACCUGCAGUGCUCCAGUACCUUCUCUCUUUUCUCUGGAAUUUGAGUACUCGAUGUACUCCGUGACAACUCAACUCACUGCGACAGCAGACACUAACUAAAAAAGCACUCGGAGAGCCAGACCUACGCCAAGUGCAAUAGUUCCCCCUGUAUCGUGAUUCACACCAAAAUAAUAAUCCUACAUUUUUUGGAUCAGUGUUUGAUAUUUUGUAAAACCUGUUCGAAACUUGUCCUGUAUUUUUUUUCCAAGUGCUUUUACCAUUUUUGUGGAGUUAUAUGCACAAAUGCCGAAAAUGGUUCUAUCUCACGAUGUUAAAGAAUCCUUUAAAAAAUUCCCGGAUCAAGGCGGUGAUCCAGAUCACACCCAAAAUUUACAGUUCUUCCAUAUCCAAUUUCCGACAAAUCCUGAAAAUUUCAUCCAAAUCCAUUCAGAACUUUUCAAGGUAUUUUGAACACAAACAGACAAACAGAUAAACGCCGGGAAAAAACGUAGCCUCCGCGCUUGCGCUUGUCAAAGGACAGCUGGACAACCAUAGACAAAGACAAGUAGAUAAGACAAAAACAAUAAGCUGGCAUUGUUCAACUACAAGCUGGAACUAUUAAUGUGGGCACCCCUGUUGAAAGGCCAGCAUUUCAAGAAAUGCUGCAAAGUUUGCCUGUGAGAAAGUACAUGUCACAAACGCCAAUUCCACAACUUAACAGAGUGAAAAAUGACAUAUUAAAGAAAAUAUUGCGUUAUUAUCAUAUAUUAUUAUUGCUUAUUGUUAUUAUCAUUAUGAAUUAUCCUAACAGUGGUUUCAUUGGUCUCAAAAAUGUUGACAAUAAUAUUGUUUAGCGUCAAUUUGUAAGACGAUAAACAUUUCAAAACGCACCUGCAUUGUUUUGUGACUCGGUUAAAUAAAAAAGUUUGUCCAGUGAUAUUUUUUCGUACUUUUCCUAAAACUAUUGUCAAAAUCUCGUCCCUUUGUGUUCUCGUGGGCCAAUCGCAUGCAUCGUCUCAUCUAAGGGGUAGGAUUAAAUAAACUGCUUAUUUCUACUUCUUUUGGACAUAUUAAAUUGUGAAACUGUAAACACGUGAUGUACUUUAAUGUAGCCUCGAAUGCAUGUUCGAAAUAAAGGAGAUUAAUUCCUAUUAGCAUCGGGCAAUGAACGCAGAACGAGCUGUCUAUACUGUGCCCUUGUUAACCAAAAUGGCAUUCAAUAUUUCCCAUUGUCAGUUAACUCUUUUGUAUGCCCAGCAAUACUCAUUACAGUUUCCAGCUGUUAGUGACUGUAGCACGCCUUGUCUGCUAUACGGAACAGACAGGUGGUGGUUUCUAUAUUUCCUACUGUUGUGAACAAAACACGCUCGAUUCAGUGCCAUUGAAACGUCAUGACUUCAAUAGUUCCCAUGACCAGUGAACGCAGCAAUGCUGUCAGCUGUACUUGCCCUUUGAAAGCCGAGUCAUUUGCGUGAAAGACGAGAAGAGAGAGGACUAACGGUCCAUGGAGGACACGUAACACCGGUGACACAUUGAGGAGGAAUCGACCAGAGCAACAAUGGAGGAGAGUGUUACUGUGAUGCUACUUGUGACAGUUGCGGUGCUUCCUGUUUUGGCUUUCUUCACAUCCUUGUGCUUCCGGCCCGGUGUUGUCAUCAAGGCUUAUAAUUGGUUCUGGCGUUGCAAGUUGAGGCUGACGGUCCGUUACUCCUACAGCGGGAGUUACCGCUUCUGUUAUUUCUGUCGUGGGACACCAGGGGACGCAACGCCAUCGUUAUUACUGCUGCAUGGCUUUUCCGCCGCCAAAGACAUGUGGCUGCCCUUUGUCAAGCACCUCCCCACAAACCAGCAUGUGGUGUGUGUGGACAUGCCGGGACACGAAGGGACGAGUCGCACUGGCGUUGAGGACUAUAGCAUUCAGGGCCAAGUUGCCCGAAUCCACCAGUUUGUGCAGAGUAUAGGUCUGGUCAAAAGACCAUUUCACCUGGUGGGUACAUCGAUGGGGGGUAAUGUUGCAGGAGUGUACGCCGCCACCUACCCUGCUCAGCUGUCUGGCCUCACCUUGAUGUGCCCGUCAGGCUUGGUCUAUCCCAUAGACUCUGAGUUUAUCAGCCAUCUGAGGGAGCUGGAGAAGAAUCCGGAGCAGGAGUCCAUUCCCCUGAUUCCCUCUACUCCUCAGGAACUGGAGGACAUGUUGCGACUCUGCUGCUACGCCCCACUCAAGCUGCCUCGGCAGGUCCUGCGCGGUCUCCUUGACAACAGGAUCCACGAUAAUCGUUUUUAUAGAGAAGUGUUCAUGGAGCUGGCUGAUGAAAAGUCUCGUUAUUCGCUGCAAGAAAAUCUGCAUUUGAUCACGUCGCCCCUGCAGGUCCUUUGGGGGAAAGAAGACAAGGUUCUGGAUGUUUCCGGAGCAUCUGUGCUGCAGGCGGCGGUGCCCAACUGUCAGGUGGUUCUGCUGGACAACUGUGGUCAUACAAUAGCGUUGGAGCGGCCCAGAAAGGCCGCCAAGCUCGUCAUGGACUUCCUGUCUGUACAGAAAGUCGACAGCAAAGACGCUAAAAAACAUUCUUGACGUUCUGCACUGGAAAAUGAUUUCUGUCUAGGAAAGGAGUCAAUCAGAUCAAUUAAAAAAGGAAGGGCUGUUUUGUUAUAAACAGUGUUGGGAGUAAUGGCGUCAUUAAUGCACUGUUUUGCAGUAAAGAGUAAUCUAAUUAAUUACUAUUUCAAAUGUUACGCCAUUAUUGUUACCGACAAUGAAAUGUGGCACAUAAUUAUGUCUUGAUAUCGAUAUCAGCGGUGUGGACUCAGUCGCCAUUGUUCACUACGAUCACACAGGACGCUAAAUAGCGAGUCAACAAGAGUUGUUCACUCUCAGGAAAACACUCCCCCCUGGCGUUCUGGUAGAGAAUUGCAAGUCACGAGCUCAGAUGAACUCCUCUCAUGAAAUCUCUUAUCUCUCAACUGCAAAAUCCAAAUUAUUUUAUACAUUUGAAGGUUUUUCAAAAUAAGGUAAUGCAUUAACUACUUUUCCUGGUAACUGAUAAGUACAUUUAUGAAGGAGUAAUUCCGUUCAUAAUUACAUUACUUUUUGGGGUAAGUAACUAGUAACUGUAACCAGGGGCGCUGCUUGUCACCAGGCAAGGCAGGUAUCUGCUUGGGGCCCCAGCCCAAUUGGGGGCCCUGAAAGGCUGCAGACUGUGAACUUCUACCACAGUGGUGCUAUGCAAAAGGGAUGGAUCGCCUUUGACUAAAACUAAUCACACACAUCCCAGCGGUCUUCAUCCGCGCAUGUGAACAUUGGAACACACAAGCGGCAGCGCCAGUGAUACAGAACUACUUCUCUCCACCACAAAAACCGACCAGAACCUGGCUCACGGGGCGAAGUGGGAGUAAAGUCACUGUUGUUGCACUACACUGCUGAUGGGAAUGUCAUCCAACUUCAUGUCAAAAAAUCCGAACUAUCCCUUUAAGUCAUUUGCCCAACACUGGUUAGAAAUGGUGAUAAAGUUGAUUUAGUGAAUGAAAGUUGUAAUGGAAGAAGUCUCCAUGAACAGUGUUUCCGUUUAUGCAAUUUAUGAAGGUUUGAUAUUAUGAUUGUACACACAGAGAUGUUUUUUUUUUACAUUUCUUUUAACACAUUUAUUUCAGUUGUAUCUCUUGAAUUAUGUUUUAUUUCCAUUUAUGGAAACAGAAAAAAACUGUUUUUAAAUGAUGAAGUUUUUUCAAUAUACUGUGUGUAUUGACUUAAAUAAAUACAAUGUAUGAGAAAAAGCA